AUGUUACAAACUUUUUAUACAGUGGAUUAUUUUUUAUCUAGCAAUUUAGCUGUAUGUAGAGAAAAAGGUUGUAUGGGAAGAAUAUAUUUAAUUUUAAUGGAAUGGUCAAUGCAUGGAAUACCAUGGUUAAUUAUAUCAACAACAUUAUGUUUAUUUAAAAAGUUUUUGUUUGACAAAAAUUCACAAUAUUACAAUUUUCCAUACGUUCUUCUGUUAGGAAUACUGAUUGAUUUAAUAAUUGUUGGAAUAAUUAAAAUGAUAUUUAGACGUAGAAGACCAAAUUAUAAUGAAGAAUCUGAUCAGUAUUAUGAUGCACCAAUAGCUGAUAAAUAUUCAUUUCCAUCUGGACAUACUUCGAGAGCUUCAAUGUUAGCUUUUUUAGCAGACAUUGUUGUAAAUAUUGGUGAUUGGUGGGUAACAUUAUUAAAAGAAUUUUUUCAAGAAUUAGGAAUAAAUUAUUGA